AUGCCUUUACAAAAUGCGAGAAUAAACAAACUCAAGAAUAUUUCUAGAAGACUGCUUGAGGACACACAAGAUGAUAAAGAAGAAUUCAAAAAAGAACGUGUCAUGGAGGAACUCCUUCAUGUGGAUGAAAACUUGCAUCUAAAUGAACAACUUCAUGCAGAAAGAAGAAAUUCCAGGUCAUCUACCUCCAGUCAUGCAUCUCCACGUGAUUUUUCACCUGCUUCAGACGAUGACCCAAGUUACUUACCAUUAAAACCAUCCACUGCAAACCGUCGACGACCAGACUCUUCUUCUUCUUCAGAUUCAUCAUCGAGCAAUUCUUCGUCUAGUUCCUCUUCCUCGUCAAGUUCUUCGUCUUCGUCGAGUUCUUCUUCUGAAUGUUCUUCGACGAGAAAUCACCAGUGUCCAUCGUUGGCGUCAUUAGCUUCUGCCGCUCUAGACAAAAUCUCUACAAUCCAACCUACUACUAUCAGAAAUGACUGCAAUGAAGAUGGGCAAAUUACUGUCACCCAUUCCUUAGAAUCUAAUAAUCUAACGUCAGUUCCUGGGCUAGCCAGUGUUAACAUAUUGAACCCUGUUGUAGAAGAAGGCAAUAGGAAUAGUCGAAAAAAAAUCAGACGAAUUAAUAAAAAAAUUUAA